AUGUUGAACGUACGAGCCCUCAACAAACUCUUGACCGAAAACGUCGACCACAAAGUCUUCGUGCGGUGGUUUAUCAUGACUCCAAACGGAUCACUGAUGGCAUACACUUUACCUGCCAACAUGAAAGAACUUCGCGAUCAAGUUGCUCUGGUCUCAAUAUCCUGGAAAGAACACCUAGAACGCAAAGACAAUGAACGAUUCGAGCCACAGUAUAGCCAAGGUGGCCCCAAUGAGCCGUCAAAACGUGUGGUUCGACCGGACGCAUUAGAAACGCUCACUGUCGAGUUUGACAAUCGCAAUUUGAUAGUCAAGUACCUGCAGCCCAAACUACUAUUGGUACUCGAGGGUGGAGUGCCGCCGGGAAGGAAACGCGAGCUCAAGGUGACAGCAGAGGCACCCGGCGAUGCACGGUAUCCGCCCGACGACUCUGAUCACACUGACACGAUGCUCGGAUCAUCUGUUGGAUCAAAAGCGUCGACGACAGUUAGUAGCACGCAACGCCUUAGUGUCCUCCAGAUCCAGCGCCGGAAGGUGGAGAUUAUGGCCGAAACGAUCAAACGAGAGCUUUCUGGGUUCGAGGUAUGUGAGACAUGA